AUGGUGACCCAAACGACCAUCAAGACCUCGGCAUCACCUGGCCUGGAGUCUUUGACUGUUGUGGGCUCCAGUCGGGCCCUGAUCCGGCCACUGGGCCUUCUCCGUCUGUGCCAACUGUUAUCUACCUGCUUGGCUUUCUCACUAGUGGCCCACGGACGUAACUGGAUGGGCCCCAUGGGUAACUGGUGCAUGUUCUCCUGGUGCUUCUGCUUCUCCAUGACCCUGUUGAUCCUCAUCAUAGAACUGAGUGGUUUCCUGAGCCGUGUCCCCCUGUCUUGGCUGGAUUUCUCCAUCACCUGCGCCAACUAUGCUGUCUUCUUCUGUCUGACGUCUUCCAUCAUCUACCCUGUCACCUAUGUGCAGUUUUUGGCUUAUGGAUCUGACAGAAAUCGUGCUAUCGUGGCCACAGUCUUCUCCUGCAUCGCCUGUGUGGCCUAUGCAACGGAAGUGACCUGGGCUCAAGCAAGGCCUGGUGGGAUAGCUGGCUACAUGGCCACUGUGCCCGGGCGGCUCAAGGUCGUUGAGACCUUUGUAGCAUGUGUCAUCUUUCUCUUCAUCAACAACCCACGCCUGUACAAGCUUGAACCUGCCCUGGAGUGGUGUGUGGCUGUGUACGCCAUAUGCUUCAUCCUAACCAUGGUGGCCAUCAUACUGAAACUGGGGAAUUGGACCAACAUCAUCCCCAUUCCCUUCCCCACCUUCUUGAAAAGCUUGGCCUUCGUUUCUGUCCUCAUGUACACUACCGCCAUUGUCAUCUGGCCCCUCUACCAGUUCAAUGAGGUGUUUCAUGGCCAGCCCCACAGAGCAACGGAUGCGAACUGUCAGUACAAACAUCCCCACUCAGUGUGUGCCUGGGAUCGCCGACUGGCAGUGGCGGUCUUGACUGGCUUCAACCUGCUAGCAUAUCUGGCUGAUUUUAUGUACUCUGGUACCAACGUGUAA